ACCUCCAACUCCAAUGCAGAGGAGUGCCAGGGUAACACCAACUUCAAACCCUUCCACGUAACCGAGAGUGCUUCUCACGCGCUCAAUCAACGCGUAACACACCCAUUGGCUAUUCCUCCUCCAAAAGGGGUUUGCAAAACGCACCCGUUCGUCACCACCGUUCACUCCCGCAAAUUCAACCUCUGGCUUUGCCGGUGACGACGACGACGGCGGAGGAAUUCACAAACACCACCACCGUCUGUUGAAGAUUGAUGACAACUUUUCUGGUUUGGGCAUCAAGAAUAAAAAGCAACCUGUGUAGUAUUUUGCUGGAAAAUAAUGGAAGCACGCCCUGCUCUCUCUAUUGAAAGAUCAAGCCCAAUGCAACUCAAUAACAUAGGAAUGUCUGGAGCACUUCCUUCAUCAUUGCCUGUCCUUCCAAUGCCUCUAGAAGAGACGUACCCCAAAUUAUCUGAUUCUCACCCGGCUUUUGUGGAAAAAGAGCUUAAUACAAAGCCUUUUAUACAUUCAAGUCACUUAAGUUCCAGCGGUGCAGUUGGGCAUAUGUUUUCAUCUUCUCCCGGAUAUUCAACUGAUCUUCAUCACUCGUCCCUUUCACCCCAUGAAAAACACUCUAGAAAUGUGCAUUUUAUGUCACAGUCAUUGAGUAACGGGGCUCCAUUGCGAUCUUAUGCUUCAAAUAAUGGACCAAUACCUUCUACAACAUCAACCCAUUAUUCUAAUGGAAACAGUGCUUCCUGGCAUACAGAUUCCCUGCCCAGCUUUCUUGAUUUCUCAGCGAAUACCUCUGUUGAUACUAGUCAAGUAGAGAGCAGUGCCUGCGAUAUUAUGGCAAUUGAGGAGUAUUCUAAGAGAAAUGAUUGGCAUGAGUGGGCUGAUCAGCUAAUCAGUGAUGAUGAUACUUUGACUUCCAAUUGGAAUGAUCUUCUUGCUGACAACAUUCAAGAUCUUGAACCAAAGAUGGUGGAUCGAGUUUCAAAACCAUCUUCGCAAUAUCCGGUAGGAAACCAAUCCCAAGCCAUUCCACAACUUCCUGCUUCAUCUGGAGAACAUCAUGCUGUUACUGCCCCCUCUUCCUCAGCAAAUUCUGCACCUGCCAAACCACGGAUGCGUUGGACACCUGAGCUUCAUGAAGCAUUUGUGGAGGCUGUCAACCAACUUGGUGGGAGUGAAAGAGCUACCCCUAAGGGUGUGUUGAAGCUCAUGAAAGUUGAAGGAUUAACUAUAUAUCAUGUUAAAAGCCACUUACAGAAAUACAGGACAGCUAGAUAUAGACCAGAGUCAUCUGAAGGAGCUACAGAUAGAAAACUAAGCCCCAUUGAAGAUAUGUCAUCUCUAGAUUUGAAAACUGGUAUUGAGAUCACUGAAGCCCUACGAAUGCAGAUGGAGGUUCAGAAGCGAUUGCAUGAACAGCUUGAGAUUCAAAGAAAUCUACAGUUGCGAAUAGAAGAACAAGGAAGGUACCUCCAGAUGAUUUUUGAGAAGCAAUGCAAAUCUGGCGUUGAACCAUUUAAGGCAUCAUCAUCUGCCAUUGAGAGUGUAUCUGGAGUGUCUUCAGAUGCCUUAAAAGAUUCUCCUGACAAAACCGAAUUGGAAGCAUCCAAAGCGAACCAUUGCAGGUCUGAUCAAGCUACUAAUGGCAGUACUGUAGUUGACGGAAGCGCCCAGGAAGCGGGUGAGAAGCAGGAUGCUCCCGAAAGUCAAGCUUCCGAGAAUCCUAAGCAAAUUGCUGAUGAAGAUGGUGCUCAAGCCCCCAAGCGUGCAAGGACAGAUGAGUAAGCUUUAUGAUCUGCUGAAUCAGCGUUAAACUGACAAGAUAAUACUGAUUCGUUUUAAGAUUUUGUUUUAUUGAGGAAGACUUGGUUAAUUGAAGCCUAGAGACUUAACAAGUGCCUCCUGUCCUGUUGUGUUCAUGGGAGCUUUGUAUUUACCUUCUAUUUAGUCACAAAUGAUGAGUCAAAGUUUUGAUUAUGACGUUCUUUAACAUGUUAUCUUGUUCGGUAUCCUGGUUAGGACGGGAUUAUAGUGUACAGUAUGGGUAUGGCUACACCUCAAAUCAUAGGUGAGGAAUUAGGACAAUAUCUUACCAACAUCCUGAAUCCAAUCUAAGUUGGUAUGUACUACAUCUCUAAUAUGAACUGUGUUUUAACUCUACCGAAAUAAAAAGGGUCCAAUUCUAGUUUUAA